UUUCUCAAUUUUUUCAGAAAAUUUUUAUUUUAUCUAUUUUAUUGUCAUUCCCACAAUAUGGAAGUUGAAGUUAAACAAACUGACGGUUUCUACCUCAAAGCAUUGGUAAAUGACAUCUCUGACGACAGUUUCGAUGUUAUUUACGACAAUGGUUGGCGAAAACCAGAAUGGGUCAAGUUUGAACAAUGCCGGGUAGAAGUGGACGCGUCUUCAGACAAAGCAAAGAACCAGCAACCAGUGAAAGUUGGGGAUGUUGUUGAUGCUUAUGUUCGUUAUGAGGGGGACAAACGGGCUUGGCAUUCAAUGAAGAUUCGGGAUAUUAAGAAUUGUUUUGCUGUUGUUGAAGGAAAUGAGGGCCAAAAUGUAAUCAAUGACAUUGUUCCCAUCACUGAUUGCCGACAUCCAAACCUUUCGAUGGUCGUCACGAAUUCUUCAAUCCAAAGUUGUGUAAUUCCUGCUGGCGAUUUGUUUGAAUAUUUUGAGCAGAGUGAUGAGCGUUAUAAGGUUUUCAGUUUUGUUUAUUAAAUGGGGAAGGAUUGGGGAAUUGAUGGAAGCUGCAACGGCUUUUUUGAGAUGUGGGUUACAACUUUUGUCAAAUUUAGGGGACGUGGGCCUUAUCAGGGCUUGAUAGUUUAAGUAUGGUGUUUCGAGCGUGUAAAUGUUCUCCCCCCUCUCCCCUCUAUAAUUUAUCGAUGUGUGCAUUACUUCAAAGCUUCUUUUGAUUUCCGCCUUUAAGGGAAGGAUUUGGGGAUUGUUGGAAGCUUCAACGGCUUUUUGAUGAGUUAUUGAGGGGAUUUGGGUCUUAUUAAGUUUGGUCUGAUAGGCUGAAUAUUAGAGAUCGGAAUUUUUGAAAAUCUGGGCCUGUUUCUGAGUUCCGGGUUUGAUUUAUUGACCUUGGCCGGACACUGGGCCUGUAGUCCAGGAAUAACCCAGGAAGGUCAAAAAUGCCUGGACUCUGGGUACAGGAAAAACUCCAGACCUUGGUACUGACCCAGGUCGAUCUUUACUGAAUACGUUGUUUCGGGUGUUUAGAAGGAUCCCCCUCCCUUCCAUAGUUCAUUGAUAUGUGGCACUACUUUACAGCUUCUUUUGAUUUCCACUCUAAUCCUAUAAAUCUGUUACUAUAUAUACUCUUCACUUUUCCUUUUUUAAGGUUCUUCGUGAGUCAAUCAACGGCAUUCUUAUCAAACUUGAUAAAGAGAAAAAGGAACUGGUUAUUAAGGCUCUGUCUCCAACAAUUAUCAAAAAAGUCGACAUUUUGAAGGAUGUCUUUUUGACGAAUAGUCGACAGAAGAUGACUUUAAUUCAACGGCAAGAGGUUGUUAAUUCAUGUUUUUUGGAGUUUACCUUUCCAAUGGGUUACUUUUUCACUACUUCCUUGGGGUAUAGACCUUUACACUAGGGCAGCACCCCCGAGCCAUUGAAGGCGGGAGUGUCGGGUUUUGGAGGGGUAGAGCCUUGGGUCAAGGUUUUUGUCUAUAAAUUUGUCGGGGGACGGGGUGCUAUUCUACUUUAAAGAUCCCGCUGGACAGUUGCCAAGCUAGGGGUUUCUCUUGACUACUACCCCAUGAGUCAAACCUUCAAUGGCCUCGGCUUCAGGCCCGUAACUAGGAUUUUUUUUCGGGGGGG